GUUUGGGUGGAGUGAGAAGGUCAGGCCCAACCACGCCAAGUACAGACCAACGACUCGUUUCUGGGCUGAUUGCAAACUCCAUAACAACACCAACUUGUUUUUUUGUUGAACCGCCGCAGCCACUGUUCAUCGCCGAAUUGGCACCAUGUCUAUCGAUUUUCCCAAGGAGGAGGAGGCUAUCAUCGCCAGAUGGCGCGAGAUCAACGCCUUUGAGCGGCAGGUCGAAUUAUCGAAAGGGAGACCGAACUACACCUUCUACGAUGGCCCUCCGUUCGCGACCGGCCUCCCUCACUACGGCCAUCUCCUCGCCUCAACCAUCAAAGACAUCAUCCCGAGAUACUGGUCCAUGAAGGGCUACCACGUCGAGCGUCGCUUUGGCUGGGAUACCCACGGACUGCCAAUUGAACAUGAAAUCGACAAGAAGCUGGGCAUUUCUGGCAAAGCUGCUGUCAUGCAGCUAGGCUUGGAAAAGUACAAUGCCGAGUGCCGAUCCAUUGUGAUGCGGUACCGCGAUGAGUGGAGGAGCACCAUUGAGCGCCUGGGGCGUUGGAUUGACUUUGACAACGACUACAAGACCAUGGACCCCACCUUCAUGGAAUCGGAGUGGUGGGUGUUCAAGCAGCUCUUUGACAAGGGCCAAGUAUAUCAGGGGUACCGGGUGAUGCCGUACUCUACCGCCCUCACCACAGCAUUGAGUAACUUCGAGGCCAACCAGAAUUACCAAGACGUGACAGACCCUGCCGUCGUCGUUUCCUUUCCCCUACUCGACGACCCCAAGACCAGCUUCCUGGCCUGGACAACAACACCAUGGACCUUGCCCUCCCAUACUGGACUAUCGGCGCACCCGGAUUUCGACUACGUCAAGAUCCACGACGAGAAGUCGGGACAAAACUACAUCCUCUUGGAGAAGCUCCUUGGGACCUUGUACAAAGACCCCAAGAAAGCCAAGUUUCAGGUGUUGGGGAAGCUCAAGGGCAAGGAAAUGCUCGGCUGGCGGUAUGAGCCACCGUUCAACUACUUCUACGAGGAAUACAGGGAUAUUGCAUUUCGGUUGCUCAACGCAACGUACGUCACCGAUGACAGCGGUACGGGCAUUGUACACCAAGCCCCGGCGUUUGGUGAGGAGGACUACAACGUCGCUGUUGAGUACGGUAUCGUAACCGAGCAGCGCCCGCCGCCCGACCCCGUGGAUGAAUCUGGUUGUUUUACCAGCAAGGUGUCUGAUUUUGCUGGUAUGCACGUCAAGGAGGCCGACAAGCACAUCAUCAGACAUCUGAGGGAUGCUGGGAGACUGGUCGUUGAGUCCCAGCUCAAGCACUCAUAUCCCAUGUGCUAUCGCUCGGACACGCCCCUAAUCUACAAAGCGGUGCCCUCUUGGUUCGUGCGCAUUCCCGAAGUCAUCCCCCAGAUGCUUGAAAAUAUCGAGGGGUCACAUUGGGUUCCUUCGUUCGUCAAGGAGAAGCGCUUUGCUAGCUGGAUCGCCAAUGCUCGCGACUGGAACGUUUCGCGGAACAGGUAUUGGGGUACACCGAUCCCGCUAUGGGUGAGUGAGGACAUGGAAGAGCGCAUCUGUGUUGGAAGCAUCGCCGAGCUCAAGGAACUUAGCGGUUACGAAGGCGAGAUUACCGACCUUCAUCGUGACAAGAUCGACCACAUUACGAUUCCUAGCAGGAAGGGCAAAGGCUCCCUGAGGCGGGUAGAGGAGGUCUUUGACUGUUGGUUCGAGUCUGGGAGCAUGCCAUACGCCAGCAAACACUACCCCUUCGAGAAUCGUGACGAAUUUGAGAAGUCGUUCCCCGGUGACUUCAUCGCCGAAGGUUUGGACCAAACAAGAGGCUGGUUCUACACCCUCCUAGUCCUCGGUACACAUCUCUUUGGCGUCUCGCCCUUCAAGAACUGUGUCGUCAACGGCAUUGUGCUGGCUGAGGAUGGCAAGAAGAUGUCGAAGCGACUCAAGAACUACCCCGACCCCAGUAUUGUCAUGGCCAAGUACGGCUCGGACGCUCUUCGCCUGUACCUCAUCAACUCUCCUGUCGUCAGGGCCGAGCCGCUUCGGUUCAAGGAAUCGGGAGUCAAGGAAGUUGUAGCCAAGGUUCUUCUCCCUCUCUGGAACAGUUACAAGUUCUUUGAAGGACAAGUCGCUCUGCUCAAGAAGGUGGAGAACGUCGAUUACAAGUUUGACCCGCAUAUGGAGUCCUCGAAUACGAACGUAAUGGACAAGUGGAUUCUGGCCAGCUGCCAGAGUCUUCUCAAGUUUGUCAAUGAGGAGAUGGAAGGUUACCGGCUGUAUACGGUCGUGCCCAGACUCCUCGAACUGAUCGACAACACAACGAACUGGUACAUUCGUUUCAAUCGAAAGCGCCUCAAGGGCGAGAAUGGCUUGGAUGACACCCUGCACGCCCUCAACACGCUAUUCGAGGUUCUGUUUACGUUGUGCCGCGGUCUUGCACCCUUUACGCCCUUCCUCACGGACAACAUCUACCUUAGGCUGCUCCCACACAUCCCUAAAGAGCUCCUAGGCGAAGAUUCUCGUAGCGUCCACUUCCUGCCCUACCCCCAAGUUCGGCAGGAGCUCUUCAACGUCGACAUUGAGCGGCGCGUGCAGCGGAUGCAGAAGGUAAUUGAGCUGGCCAGGUACUCUCGUGAAAGACGUGGGGUCGGCUUGAAGCAGCCGCUAAGGACACUCGUCGUCAUCCACCAUGAUCCUCAGUAUCUCGAGGAUAUCCGAUCACUACAGGGCUACAUCACCGAGGAGCUCAACGUUCGCGACCUGGUGCUUACGUCUGAUGAGGCGAGGUUCGGAGUUGAGUACAGUGUUACGGCCGACUGGCCUGUGCUUGGCAAGAAGUUGAAGAAGGAUAUGGCUAGGGUCAAGAAGGCUUUGCCGAAUGUCACCAGCGAAGAGGCGCAUAGCUACGCUCUUAACGGCAGGCUUGUGGUCGACGGCAUCACGCUUGAGGAAGGGGAUUUGGUAGUCAAGCGCGGCCUGAGGGAGAACAAUGAGUCUCGGAACCUUGAGACGAACACGGACAAUGAUGUCCUUACCAUCCUCGAUGUGGAGAUCUACCCAGGGCUCGCCGAGGAGGGCCUUGCGCGCGAGAUCAUCAAUCGCGUGCAACGACUCCGGAAGAAGGCCGGCCUGCAGCCGACAGACGACGUCAAGAUGGAGUACAAGGUUAUGUCCGAUCCCGAGGAAACUGGCAUCGAGGGCGUGUUUGAGUCUCACGCAGAGACCAUUUCCAGGGCACUGCGGAGACCGCUGGAUAAGCACGAGGUGACGCAUCUGGAUGGCCAAGUUGGCCAGGCUCCGGCGCCGAAUGGGAAGGAGGAGGGAAUCAUUGCCGAGGAGGAGCAGGAAGUGCACAAGGCUACCUUCCUGCUGCGGCUUCUCAAACUUUAGGAAGGGCUGGUAGUGUUGGUACGUAGAUAGAUAGAUCUACUCUGGUGCAGCAAAAGUUUGAGCGUCCAUGUACAGUUGAGAGCGACCGAGAGAAUAGAGAUAAGAGCCCUGGGGUGUGUCCCUCUCCCUCUCUUCACCUGGAACCUUUCCCUGCUGCCUGCUAUGGUCGUGUAAGAAGGUGCCGGUGUUUCACGUAUAUACAC